AUGAGCAAAUAUCCAGAAGUGCAGAAGAAGAUCAAGAAAGAAUUGAUGGCCGAUGAUGAUGGUCAGACAUUAUCAAUGGAUCGUCUCGACUCUCUCGUUUAUCUGGAUUGUGUUGCCAAAGAAGUACUUCGAUUUUGUCCACCAGCGGUUGGAACAUUUCGUACAUUGACCGUUGACGAUCGUUUACCCGGGAGUGGUUCACAACUGUUCAAAGGCGAUCAGGUAUUUGUUCCAUUUUAUACUCUAACACGAGACACUCAACACUGGUCAAUCGAUCCAGAGCUGUUCUAUCCUGAGAGGUUUUUACGUGAGGACAAACACCAUCAUCCAUAUGCAUUGAUUCCAUUUGGUGGUGGUCAUCGACAGUGUCUCGGUCGAGAUUUGGCUCGAUUUAUUCUCAAGGUGAUUGCAGCACAACUGAUGCUAAAUGUGACAUUUUUUGACGGUGGACCUCAAGUGAAUGCAGGUGGACAGUGGUCAAGAGCGACGACCGUACCUCGGCACUUUGGCGUCACUAUAGAGUUUGAUCGAUAA